AUGUCUUUUCUUUUGCCGUCUUUCUAUGCUUCUCUCCUUUUUUCAUUAGCGACCUUUACUUCAUCCUUUUUUUUUUCUUCACUUCUUUCUUCUUCCUUUAAUUUCUUUUUUCUUCACAUUUUCUUUUUUACGAUUUCACCUGCCAUUUUCUUUUUUUUAUCUUUCGCGACGUCUUAUUCUUUUUCUCUCAAAUGUUUUGUAUUUUUCGUCUUCUUUUUGAUUAUAUUGUUCUUUCCUUCUUUUUUUUGCCUUUCCCAUUCUUCAUUCUAUUUCAUUCUCUUCCUCUUUCUCUUUCAUAUAUUUUCAUUUCUUCUCUGUUCUUCUGUUUACCGUUUCCCUUCCGUUUCCUCUUCAUCUAUCUUUCCCACAUUCCUAUCUUUCUAUUCUCUCUCUCUCUCUCUUCUCUCCCCUCUGUCCCUAUAUCUUCCUCCUCCCUUAUCUUUCCUUAUAACUCUAUCUUCUCACACUUCCAAGCGCCAGCUUAAUCAAAAAUAUGAAAGAUCAGAAAACACGAGAUCAAAUAAAAAUGACAACACCCUCUUAAUUUCACACCCCCGAAUCAGAAAGAUAUUUCUCUUAUUUCGGUCUGUCUUCGAUUACCAAGUACCGAUUCACCUCCCGCCAGUUUGA